CGGAAGCGAGUUUGCAUGUUUCGGUGUCGCGCGUGACAAAAACCGCUGGUGUAGCAGCUUAUAUUUCAGUGGAUUAAAACUGAUUAUCCAUUCAGAAACCAUCAACUGUACGUGUCAAAGUUGUCAAGUUAUCGUUCUUUUGAUCCAAUAGUUUCCUUAUUAAUCGCGAGGGCAAUCAGAGUUUUUGGAAGAGGCGAGAGCGUAAAUCAGCGAAGAUGUCGCUGCCGGAGCUAACGGUCGGCCAGGUGAACUACAACAGCAUUGAACUCAAAUGGGGAGAUUCGGAAAAUGAUACCGACAACAAGAAGCGAAAAUUGUUUCAUGUACAGUUGAACAAGGCUCGUGCGCGAAGCGCUUGUCCUGGCGGACCGACGCUCGAUCCUCUAACCAACUACCAGGGUUACAGUCAACAGUUUGUUUUCAAAGGCUUGGAGUCUAUGACUCAGUACCAAUGCCGUUUGCGGAUCAUGGAGAGCGACAGUGAUCGGCAUGGAGGCGGAUGGAGCGAACCGAUAACUGUCUGUACACCGAACGAACCUCCAUCCGGAGCCGAGCUGCACAAGGCGGUUUCCAGGCAGGACUUGGAAACCGUUCGUAAAAUUCUUAAAGAAAAUAGCGCGGUAGUUGAGGUGAUGGACAAGUUUGGAUUGACUCCACUUAUGGUAGCUGCUCAAAAGGGAUAUACAGAUGUGAUGGAAAUACUCCUCGAAUUUAAUGCCGAUCCUGAAUACCCAAACACCAGCGGCAAGACCUGUCUGAUGAUCGCCUGUUACGCCGGCCAAGAGGAAGCUGCUAGAUUGCUACGUCAGCACGGUGCCUUGUGGGAAACACGUGACAAGAAUGGAUUAACCGCUGUACACUGGGCGGCAGACGGAGGCCAUGAUGAUCUUCUUUUAUGGCUUGUGCGUGAUGGAGGCCCGGUUGACAUACAAGACAAUGUCAAUGGCUGGACACCCUUGAUGCGAGUUGCGUGCCUCACCGGAAAUGAUGAAGUCGCAGAAGUUCUCAUUGCGAAGGGUGCCGACAUCAACAAGAUUGACAAAUCUGGAAAGACAGUUUUGAUGGCGGCCUCUAUGAACGGGCAUUUUAACCUGGUGCGUUUGCUUGUCGAUAAGGGCGCAGAUGUGUUUGAAAAGAACAGAGAAGGGAAAACAGCUUUGGAAUUCGCCAGAUCGAUGGACAGGCACAGGAUUAUUAAAUAUCUUGAAUUCCAGGUGGCAAAGGAAGAAAAACAACGAAAAGCGAAACUCCUGGAAGAGAGACUCAAAGAGAGUCAACAGAGAUUGGGCCAAAUGCAAAUAAACUCUUGAACAUAAAGUUUUGGAAACCUCCAAUCAGGGCUACUCUUAGGAUUAUGAGAAGAGACCCUUGAAUAGAAAGGUUUCCUUAGUAAAAGGAAGCGGAAACAGUGAAACCUCCAUUUAGGGGACAUUCUUAGGACUAUUAAAAGUGUCCCUUGAAUUGAGGAAUCCACUCAAUGAAGAUAGCAGGUUAUAACGAGGUUUUUGCUUCCCUUGAAUGGAACUCUCCUACAUUUAGGUGUUCCAAAGAAAGCUUUUACUUUCGUCUUAAAUUAUAAAAAUUUUUGGAGCUACUAGAAGAUAAAUGAAUGUCUCAGAACAUCUUUUUAUGUUACAAAUCGCUAAUAUUUGUUUAGAAACGAUAUCUUCGUCGUCGUUAGCCCUUACAUUCCCAUGAGUGACUAAGAGAGAAUUUUUUCUUUAAAUAUCAAUACAGUGUCAAGCAGCCAAGUGAUGCGAGGAAGAAAAAAUAUGAAUUUGUUAUUUUUCUCUGAUCCAAUUCCAAGUUCUCCGAACAAACAUCGUAAGGAUUGUACGGCCGACAGCAAGGAGAAUUACAUGAGCUCUUGGGAGUGAAAGGAUUAAGGUCGAUUUUUAUGGCUUUGCAAAUUUGUUUUCACCAGCUCGAUUUGAGCACUAAUAAGACAGCAGGCUCAGCCUGAUAAGGCAGCAUAUGCCUCAUGCUUGUAAUUGGACGGUGUAAUAGGACAGUUAAAGGGACAGUUAAAACGUCAUGCCAGUGGAAGUGGACAGAACACGUCGCGUGAGCGCGCUGUUGUCUUGCAUUUUGUUGAGUUAACCGUUGAUUUUUUAUGAAAACGUACAACCGAUGUCUAGUUUCUUUCUCAAAUUUUGUCAUAGUUUGGUUUUAUUAGUAACAGGAAUUCGUGUCGUCCCAUUCUGUCUGUAAUCAUACUCAUGAUUAAUAAAUCGGAUUCCCGCUUUGGUCCGAUUUUGUCAAUCACUCGUAUGAUUACAGACCGAAUUGGACUUCACUUAGUCCUAUUACCAUUAUUAAGCGGUGGAAAUUUAAAAAUCACUUCAUAACUGAAAGCAAUCUUAUUGCCGGUGUCUGAUAUUCUUCAUUUUUGCGAGGUUGUGCAUCAGCAAGUUGCUCAAAGGGGUUCGAGUUUACUUCGUUUAAUUAAUUCAUUGGGUAUGAUUACAUUAUGUGCCGUUCACUGUGUCCAAUUAGAGGUAAAAUAAUUAAAGCUUAAUUAAUGUCGUCAAUAA